AUGUCUCGUUUCAUACCCACGGAAUACACUCCCCUCCUCCUCAAAGGCUUCUCCGCCUGGAUCAUUUAUAACGGCGCAUCACAUCUUGUCCGUGGGAUAACAGAAUAUCUCGCUCGAACUGAGCGCGCAAGACUCCCUUCGUCAACCGUCUCCCUCAUGGAUUCGCAGAUCCGCUUCCUUGGCGGAACAUACAUUGCCUACGGCGCUGCCCUAUGCUGGACGUCGUACGAUAUCAAAGAAAGACAGCUGGCUUUGAAUAUUCUAUUGGCUGGUUUGGCAUUAGGCGGUACUGGGAGAGCUAUCUCAGCUGGGGUAUUUGGCUGGGGAUUUCCGUGGCUCCAACGAGCUACGACCACUGAGAUUGUCGUACCGCCCUUAAUCUACUGGUUUGGCUCACGCAAGUAUGUUUAG